GGCAGCUCGCGUCUCGCCGCGCCGCGCCGCGGGCCGUCCUCGCGAGCCUGGGCGCGGCGGAGGCGGAAUGUGGCGCGAGGCGGGGCUCCGCCCGUGAGGCUGAGGCGGAGUCGCUGCGCCGGCCGAGCGGGACCCGGCGGUGUGAUGGACAGGUAGCAGAAGGUUUCACUUGGCUGUCAGGGAAUCAGAAUGACCGAGUGCUUCCUGCCUCCCACCAGCAGCCCCAGUGAACACCGGCGGGUGGAACACAGCGGGGGUCUGGCUCGUACUCCCAGCUCUGAAGAAAUCAGUCCUACGAAAUUCCCUGGAUUGUACCGCACUGGUGAGCCUUCACCACCUCACGACAGCUUGCAUGAGCCUCCAGACAUAGUAUCUGAUGAUGAAAAGGAGCAUGGGAAGAAGAAAGGAAAAUUCAAGAAGAAAGAAAAAAGAACGGAAGGCUAUGCUGCCUUUCAAGAGGACAGCUCCGGUGACGAAGCGGAGAGCCCUUCCAAGCUGAAGCGCUCCAAGGGCAUACACGUCUUCAAGAAGCCCAGUUUCUCCAAAAAGAAGGAAAAGGAUUUUAAAAUCAAAGAGAAGCCCAAAGAUGACAAACACAAGGAGGACAAACACAAGGAGGACAAACACAAAGAGAAGAAGUCGAAAGACUUAACGGCAGCAGACGUGGUGAAACAGUGGAAAGAGAAGAAGAAAAAGAAGAAGCCAAUCCAGGAGACCGAGAUCCCUCAGGUGGAGGUUCCGAGCCACAGGCCUGUGUUUGGCAUCCCUCUGGCCGAGGCAGUGGACAGGACCAUGCUGUACGACGGCAUCCGCCUGCCCGCCGUCUUCCGCGAGUGCAUCGACUACGUCGAGAAGUACGGCAUGAAGUGUGAAGGCAUCUACAGGGUUUCAGGAAUCAAAUCAAAAGUGGAUGAGCUCAAAGCAGCCUACGAUCGAGAGGAGUCUCCCAACCUGGAGGAGUAUGAGCCCAACACAGUAGCCAGCUUGCUGAAACAGUACCUACGAGAACUGCCUGAGAACUUGCUGACCAAAGAGCUCAUGCCCCGCUUUGAAGAUGCUUGUGCAAAGACCACAGAAGCUGAGAAAGUUCAGGAGUGCCAGAGGCUGCUGAAAGAGCUGCCGGAGUGUAACCACCUCCUCAUCUCUUGGCUGAUUGUGCACAUGGACCACGUUAUUGCCAAGGAACUGGAAACAAAAAUGAACAUCCAGAAUAUUUCCAUAGUGCUCAGCCCCACGGUCCAGAUCAGUAACCGUGUCCUGUAUGUGUUUUUCACACACGUCCAAGAGUUCUUUGGGAAUGUGACCCUAAAGCAGGUGACAAAACCUCUUCGAUGGUCCAACAUGGCAACAAUGCCAGCACUUCCAGAAACACAGGAGAGCAUCAAGGAAGAAAUCAGGCGACAGGAAUUCCUCCUGAACUGUUUACACAGAGACUUGCAGGCAGGGAUAAAAGACUUAUCCAAAGAAGAGAGACUCUGGGAGGUGCAAAGAAUUUUAACAGCUCUUAAGAGGAAACUGAGAGAAGCAAAGAGACAGGAGUGUGAAACCAAGAUUGCACAGGAGAUUGCUAGCCUUUCAAAGGAGGAUGUCUCCAAAGAAGAAAUGAAUGAGAAUGAAGAAGUCAUCAACAUUCUGCUGGCACAGGAGAAUGAGAUUUUAACAGAGCAGGAAGAGCUGCUGGCCAUGGAGCAGUUCCUGCGGAGACAGAUUGCCUCGGAGAAGGAGGAGAUCGACCGGCUCCGAGCAGAAAUAGCUGAAAUACAAAGCCGCCAGCAGCACGGCCGGAGUGAAACUGAGGAGUAUUCUUCUGAGAGCGAAAGCGAGAGUGAAGAUGAGGAAGAGCUGCAGGUCAUCCUGGAAGAUCUGCAGAGACAGAAUGAGGACCUGGAGAUAAAGAACAACCACCUGAACCAAGCGAUUCACGAGGAGCGAGAGGCCAUCAUCGAGCUGCGGGUGCAGCUUCGCCUGCUGCAGCAAGCAAAAUCUGAGCUGCAGGUGCAGGAAGAAGAGGAGCCAGAAAAACGUGGGGGUGUUCCUCAGCAGCAGCAGCAGCAGCAAAGAGACACUGUCCUGGAGACAAAAGCAGCCAAAGAGCAGCCAAAAGCAAGUAAGGAGCAGCAAGUCAAGCCAUCGCCGAGCAAAGACAGGAAAGAAACUCCCAUUUGAUCUGGCUCCUUAAAUACACAUUAAACAAAGCAAACUGCACAGAGAGAGUUUUGCUGGCUGUGUACAUUCUGUAACGGGACUUCGCUUUUGAGCCCUGGAGACUUCUGUCUCCCACGCUUGUGGCUUCUACUCCUGAGGCUCAGGUGAGUUUGGAGAGGCCAGAAGAGUUUUCCAGUUAGAUUAUUUCCAUUCUGGUUUCCUUCAGGUGAUUUGAAAUGUCCCAGUAACCCUUUUCUUUGAAACCAAAAUCAUUAUUUCCAUUCUUCGGAGCACAAUUGGAAGAGCUCAGUAAAUAAACAGUGCACCCACCCCUACUAAUUAAUUAUUUGCCUUGUGGAUCUCUUCAUCCUCAUUCACCAUUCUUUCUGCUUCUUAACCUUUGUCACUUCUUGCUUGUGCCUUUUGAUACCUUUUUGAUGCAGAUUAUAUAUACAAGGGAGCUUUAAACUGAUUCUGGGUUGGCUGAGAAGGUGGGAGACUGUGGGGUGUUGACCAAACAUGCCCUUAAGCUUCUUUAUUUUUGUGUUCUGAGAUGUACUGAAUAAAUGUAAACACUUGAGAGAUGUUA